GUUGUCGUGUUUUGCCGGGGGCGGUCCGUUUCCGGCGUCUCUCGGGCACGUGUCGCUCCGGUUGGCCUCCACCGACCGUUGUUGCUGCGAGCUGCGGCGGCCGACGGGCGGGGGCGGCGCAGGCGCGCUCGGCGCCGUCGGCCGGCCGCCGCCGCCGCCGCCGGCAGCCAGUGCCACUGCCAUGCCCGGCCGCGAUCCGUUCUCCGUGCCGGCCGGAGCGCGCUCCUGGCUCAGCGAUGUGCUCGAGAGCUCGCCGGCGCCGGCGCCCGUGCCGGCGCCGGCCGGUGUCGUGUCCAGACUUGUGCACUCGUUCGAGCGAGGUGAGUUCGCGCCGGAAGAGUCACCGCCGCCGGCGCGACGCGAGGCGCCCGCUCAGGACGUCCACGCGGACUACAGGAGCAUGAUCGCCGCGCUGGAUCGCUAUAUCGAGGCGCGUGACCAGCGCCGCGCCGCCGCCGCUGCCGCCGAGCCGGCUGGCCGCACACCGUCGCCGCUUCCCUCUGCCGGCUCCACGCCUCCCGAGGUACGCCGGAUCACGGGGAAGCCUCCUCGGCCGCGUCGCGCCGCGUCUCCCGCUCGACCUCAGCCGGCGCCACACCAGCCCCCUCCGUCAGUGAGCGUGACUCCUCCGGUACCUCGUGUCGGCGUGUCACCACCGGCGCUCUACCCAACCGCGUACCCGGCAGCCUACCUGGCCACGCCGCAGUACGCCCAAUACGCCCAGUACGCGGCGCAUCCAACACACCCUUCAUAUGCGCACCUGGCUCCGAUACCGUCUGUCGCUUCUGUGGCCUACGGGGGACCGUGUGCGCCUCUCUCCCAACUGGCGCCGCUGGGGUACGAGCCCGGCUGGGCGGACCAGCCGACCAGGAAGAGAUCUUCCAGCUUCGACUCAGCGCUGGAGGAGAUCAGAGCCCGCUACGGCAGUGGGGAGAGCCUCUGCUGGCCGGCGGCGCCACACUGCGCCGGAGGAUGGGGUGGAUCCUGUGGAAACAUCGCAGGAUGUAAGCCGGGUCUGGAGUACGAUGAGCGGCUUCAGAAGCUCGAGUCGGACAAGUCGUCCCUGCAGCUUCAGGUGUCCGUCCUCACCGAGCAGAUUGACGCGCAGACGGAGAAAAUCUCCGAACUCGAGGACCAGCUCCGCACCCGGCAAAUGCUGCUCGGAAAGGCAGAGGACCGACUGCAGAAGGACCUGGCACUACAGCAGGAGCUGCUGCAGCGCUCUUCGUUCGAGACGCAGAAGCUGGAGGUGAUGAACAAAAUGUCGAACCUGACGCUGCAACAGAAGACGCUGGAGCGGGAGAACAUCGAGCUGCGGAACCGGUUGCGUCGAGCUGAGAUGGCCAACAGACUGCCCGCCAGCCCGAGCGAGGCGGAGCGGAGCCGCAUACGGGAGAAGCCUCCGACGGUCCCUCGUGGAGGAGCGUUCCCGGCAGCCACAUCCACCCCGAACCAUAGCCUGGUGGACUCGCCGCAGCGGGCCAAUUCGUCUGCGAGCACCACAGAUGGUAGUCGGUACACCUCAGCUCUGGACUCGCCGGCCUCCAACAACACUGCCACCUAUCGGGAGGGAUCGUUACCAAAGACGCCGCCGUCGUCCCACCGGCGGCGCGUGGAGUCGCUGGGCGGCACGCUGCCGCGCGUCUCCAGCGCCGGCCCGUCCUCCGCUGGCGGCGGCGGCGCGCAUGGUGACGGCCAGCGACGCGCGGUCGCCUUCGGUAAACAGUCCUCGGCCGGACGGCGCCGGAUCUGGGGCCGGGUGACGGGAAAGUUUAGCCGAUCGGAGCCCAAUCUAGCCGAUACCGAUCAGACCAGUGGUCACGGAACGGCAGAAGACGGGGUCUCCGGUCCGCCCUCGCCCUCCGCGCAGCCCAAAAACAAGGGCUUCAAGAAGCUGUUCGGCAGGAUGAAGCGCAGCAACUCUGGCAGUCUGGAGGCGGACAUCCCGGACGGUGGAGAGUUCCGACGCGGUGGAACCCGCGCAACUGCCGGUCCGCGGCUCGGCUGGAGCGGCGAGAAGAGUCGCGAGGAUGACCGCCUGUGGCGUCCCCUGUCCGAGUGGGACACGGACACGGUGGUGGCCUGGUUCCACGAGAUGGGCCUCAGCGCCUACACGGCAGAGGCUCGUCGCUGGGUCCGCUCCGGUAGUCACCUGCUGCGGGCCACUCCCGCCGAACUGGAGAAGGAACUUGGCCUGAAGCACCCUCUGCACCGCAAGAAGGUGGUGCUGGCGCUGCGAGCGGCCGGCUCCUCGGCCGACGACCCGCCCGGCCACAUCGACCACAACUUUGUGAUGCGCUGGCUGGACGACGUUGGGCUGCCGCAGUACAAGGACGCCUUCCUGGAGGCCCGCGUGGACGGACGGGUGCUGAAUCAGCUCACAUUGGAUGACCUGCACACGCUGAAAGUCACCAACCUGCUGCAUGCACUCAGCCUCAAACGGGGUAUUCAGGUUUUGCGGAGUAACGGGUUCUCUCCGGCGUGUCUGCGGCGCCGCUCCACCCCGGACGAGCCGCGCCAGCCGGCGCCACACGAGGUGGCGCUCUGGACCAACCACCGGGUCAUGGAGUGGCUCAGAGAGGUCGACCUGGCAGAGUACGCGCCCAACAUGCGCGGAUCAGGUGUGCACGGCGCUCUACUGGUGCACGAGCCGCGGUUCACCGGCGAACUGAUGGCCUCAGUGCUCUCGAUACCGGCGAGUAAGUCGCUGCUGCGGCGGCACCUCUUCACCAGGUUCAACGAGCUGGUCGGCGCCGACAUCCUGCGAGAGAAGCGGGACGUCGAGGAUAACCAGAGCAUACCGCCGCUCCGACCCGACUCCAAAGUCAAGCUGCACAAGCGCGGUCAGUUUACGCUGAAGCGCCGGAAGGGGAAGGAGCAGCUGGAGGCGGAAGACUUCCUGUGUCCGCUGGAUACACAGUCGUCACCACUGCCCUCGCCAGAGGUAUCCACCAACCAGGCCCCCCUGGAGAUGUCACUGGUAGAACUACGGACCAGUGACGUAUGAUGACGUCAUCGGAACGAGACGGUGACGUCAUGAAAUAGCGACGGACCUCUUCAGGCCGUCAUGGGUUCUUACUGGUGCAAAUUGAUGUUACGAGCGACAAGUCGCAAUGAAUCACUGCAGUCUAAACUAGUGGUGACUACAGCAGCCUGGUGGCUUCCUUGGUAAGGCAGCGCUAGAAUGGUUGCAACGUCAUGGACCAUUUAAGCCGGGACAUGGGUUGAUUACCGGGCCGGGUUCGGUGGUAUUUGUUGGCUACAUGGACGACAUCGUCUCGUCAUGGUAUGGUUGAAACGCGCAGUCGCCCUGCCCAAUGCCCAUGGCGGUGAGCAGCUCUUUGUGACAUGAGUGGUGCUAUGUGGUAAAGGAUACCCCGAAAUCAUACGGAGGAUGGUGCGAUUGAAGAGGCUGAGAAGUUGAGAAGGCCAAUGAAAUGCUACGAAAAUCAGUAAGCACCUGUCAGUUAUUGAUGGUGAUUCAGCAGUGUCAAAUUAUCUUGGCUGAAAUCGGCUAGUAUUUGUCAACUGUUGACUGGCUUCAUGUGGCUUCAUUGCAAGGAUGCUUUCCUUGUGUCAACCGUAAACGCCAAAGGCAUUGCAAGUCCUCGAUCAGCUGAAAUUGAGGCACCUGAAAUCACUCUUCGGAUUCCAUGGCUUUUCAGCGAAAAGCUGUGGCAAUCUGAAAUCGGGUGAAGUCCUUUCUCAGCGUGAUACCAAUCGUUUUUACUCGGUGCUAAACGCUAGUUUGAAACCAUCUGUACGACAGGGGAUAGGAGAUACUAUUUUAGCCCUGUACGUCUAACAGUGUUCUCGUUUUGUCAACCUCUAGGACAGCGCACAAGUCUUCCCGGCUGCUUUGUGACCAGUUUCUAAUGCUGCUUUUUACACGUGCCCCAAUCAGAGUGCCUUUUUAUGGCUUGACUCAGUCGCAUUGGACUCAUCUUGUCAGUGAUUGUAGAUGGCCGUUGUUAGAAUGAAUCAACUUCUUGACCGCAAUUUGACUGCGACGGAGGUGCUUUCUUGUAUUUUUAUAUACAGCGCAUAUCCGCAGUCACGACCUCCAAAGGUAGAUUCGCCGAUGAAAUGCCUAUUGCCUAGUGAUUUUAUGUAGAUAGCGAAGGACAUUCAUCAGUAUGACCACCGCGACUUAUGACGUACAACUUAGUGCCUCGAUGCCGUGCAAAGUCGUGCAUACACCCAUAGUUGCACACUGCUGAGCUGUAGUAUGUGCGCAGCGCCCUUCUUGCCUAGCUUUGGUGCACGUCUCCGAACGGAAGAUGGCACUUGCUGGGGCGGAGGCCUGGGAGGGAAGAGGGAGACCGAACACUACGGUGCUAUUGUCUGAAGUGGAGAGCGAGUGACAGCUGUUUGUCCUAGCAUUACGUGCGUGUCUAUCCGUGUCCUGUUCUGGUAUGAAUGACUGUCUGCGCUAGUGUGUGAGCGCCGCUACUGGACGCCGGACAGUGACAUCUGAGCACCUCGGACGAACUGUUUGCUCCAGAAGUUGGCCGUCCGGCGCUCCUGCCGACGUGUGUAUGUCUGUCUGCCGGCCGGUGAGCCUGUCAAUAAACCUGCGUCCCUGGGAUUGGUCGACGGACUGUGCCGGGCGCGCACCAAUCA